CUUUAUGAUGGUAACUAGCCACGCCAUAUAAAAUCUAACGCGUCACAGGAUUUGUACCCCACUCUAACUUUCUGCUGAACACAUUACGUUCAUUUGGAAGCCCGGUGAAUUUUCUUCAAUAUGCGUGAAUGUAUCUCCAUCCACAUCGGACAGGCCGGUGUCCAAAUCGGAAAUGCCUGCUGGGAGCUGUACUGCUUGGAGCACGGCAUCCAGCCCGACGGCCAGAUGCCCUCCGACAAGACCAUUGGCGGCGGCGACGACUCCUUCAACACAUUCUUCAGCGAGACGGGCGCCGGCAAGCACGUGCCACGUGCCGUCAUGAUGGACUUGGAGCCGACUGUAGUUGAUGAAGUCCGAACCGGCACCUACCGUCAGCUAUUCCACCCCGAACAGCUGAUCACUGGCAAAGAGGACGCCGCCAACAAUUACGCCCGCGGUCACUACACCAUCGGCAAAGAGAUUAUCGACCUCGUCCUUGACCGGAUCAGGAAGUUGGCUGACCAAUGUACUGGUCUUCAGGGAUUCCUCAUCUUCCACUCCUUCGGUGGAGGCACUGGCUCUGGCUUCGCCUCUCUGCUCAUGGAACGCCUGAGCGUCGACUAUGGCAAGAAGUCUAAGCUGGAGUUCGCCAUCUACCCGGCGCCCCAAGUGUCCACCGCUGUCGUGGAGCCCUAUAACUCCAUUCUGACUACCCACACCACCCUGGAACACUCCGAUUGCGCUUUCAUGGUCGACAAUGAAGCCAUCUACGACAUCUGCCGUAGGAACCUUGACAUUGAGCGCCCGACCUACACAAAUCUGAACAGAUUAAUAGGUCAGAUCGUCUCAUCCAUCACCGCCUCACUCAGGUUCGACGGCGCCCUGAACGUCGACUUGACCGAGUUCCAGACCAACUUGGUGCCCUACCCAAGAAUUCAUUUCCCACUGGCCACAUAUGCGCCGGUCAUCUCCGCCGAAAAAGCCUACCACGAGCAGCUGUCCGUCGCCGAGAUCACCAAUGCCUGCUUCGAGCCGGCCAACCAGAUGGUGAAGUGCGAUCCACGCCACGGAAAGUACAUGGCCUGCUGCAUGCUUUACCGUGGUGACGUCGUUCCUAAGGACGUCAACGCUGCUAUCGCCACCAUCAAGACGAAGCGCACUAUCCAGUUCGUCGAUUGGUGUCCCACCGGCUUCAAGGUCGGCAUUAACUACCAGCCACCCACUGUCGUACCCGGCGGCGACCUCGCGAAGGUGCAGCGCGCCUGCUGCAUGUUGAGUAACACAACCUGUAUCGCGGAGGCCUGGGCCCGCCUUGAUCACAAAUUUGAUCUAAUGUACGCCAAGCGCGCCUUCGUCCACUGGUACGUGGGGGAGGGUAUGGAGGAGGGCGAGUUCUCCGAGGCCCGUGAGGACCUGGCAGCUCUCGAGAAGGACUAUGAAGAAGUGGGCGUCGACUCCGUGGAGGGCGAAGAGGAAGAGGGAGAGGAAUAUUAACUUUUACAAAAUGAUAAAAUGACACUAAUGCAAAAAAUUGACGCAGUGAUCACCCCUGUCACUAGGGUCAGCUAUAAUUUGAUAAAAGAUAUCCACGCACGAAGAUUGAUUUCCAUAUAGCGGUUACUUCCCUUUGCGGUGCUCGUCAGGGGAGAUCACUGUGUUGAAAUUUGUAUACGAGUAUGUUCUAUUUUUUAAAACAAAAUCAUGUAUCCAUUCCUUUGAUUUAGAAAAAAAUGUCAGUAGCUCAACGGAUGAAAUGAAAGGUCACGUGUGCGUACAUACGUUCAUUUUAUAAUAGCAACAACAACAACAAUACAUCAUGUUCACCAAUGACUAUGUAUAAAAAUCUUUGUGUUGUUUUUACCGUUUAAAUUUAGUUUAUAAUAAAUUGUUGACCUCUG